UCUGUUGCUCUUUGGUGAUUGGUCAGCUGCUCUUCCGUCACAGUAAACACUUCCUGGUUGAAGCACAUGUGCGUAGUUUUUCUGGUUCCGGUUUUGUUUACUUUAUUCCUUUAUAACGCGAUCAUCUCCAGAUAAGAGGUUAUCAUGCCGAACUCUGUAUGUUUUUUUCUGAUCCGAUGCACCUAAAAAGAAGCCCGCAUCUUGUUUGUUUCGCAGAGUUACGCGAUGAGAUGCGCGUUUACAUUAUCGUAAUUUUAUAAACACAAGAAUUGCAUCUCGUAGUUGAAGUUUUCGGAAUCGCACUACAUCAUGCGGGGAAAACCGAAGUUGGAUAGAGAGUCAUGGAGUUCUGAGUCGUCUGCGGGGGAGAGCCCGCCCCGUGGAGCCAGUGGAUCAGACAGCGAUUCGGAUGGCAGCUUCUUCAUCACCCAGAAACCCGUCAGGUCAAGAAGACAGAAGCAAUCCGUUGCGAAGUCCCCGAAACGCAAAAAGGGAAAUGGGAAAGGGAAAAGCAGCACCUCCAAGACAAAAGACAAAAAGAAGAAUAUAAAAAGAGUCAAGCUGCCGGUCUACAGCUUCGAUCUUCUUCAAGAGGAGAAACCCACCAAUCAUGUCUUGAAUCACCAUCAGAACUUGGACAUCCAUAAUGCACUGAUGGGAGGCUUCUUCUGCAGUGUCCGAGAGCUGCAGGCAGCACGGCAAACCAAACAUCAGCCCUCAUCAUUACCCACCGUGGACCUGGAGGGAGACAUCUCUCCAAUAUCAGAAGAAGAAGGAACAUUAGAAGAAGAGGACAUCAAAGUGGUGAACGAAGAUCUUGUGGUGUUGUCCAAAACAACGCGCCCACAGCCUUGGUACGAUCCGCAGAGGGAGAGUCAACACAGCGGCGCUGCAGCUGAAACGCCCCAUAAAGGACUCCGAGGAGCAUCUCCCUCCAGCAGCAGAGCCGGAAACUCUCCUGCAAGACGACAGACGUGUCACAAAUGGAGCGGAAUCCAAGCCAAAACUUCAAAGGUGAAGAAUAAUCUAUUUUUUCACCAAGAAGAGAGGCAGGACGGGCCAGCCAGUGACAGCGAUGCUACUUUCUGUGAGUUUCCUGAAGAAUGCGAACAAAGUGACGAUGGAGCAUCCGCAGCCGGAGCCGAGCUUCAGGUAGAGCCUGAAGCUGGAGGCCGAAAUGAAGCAGAUGGAGGAGAUCAUGAGAGCAUCGAAGAAGAGAGCUGUCAUAGUCACAAGGAGCCAGAGGGACUGGAACAAAUCACAUCACCUGUUAAUGUAGAAGACAAGACUCUUAAUCUACAAGAAGAGAGAGAUGUCCCCGAUUCACAACAGGAGAAAAAGCGAAAACGAGUUCACGAAGAUGUAAGUGAGCACAUGGAGGACAGUUCUGCUGCUUUAAACAGUGGCGUCAUUGAUGGGGCGGCCCACAAGAAGAAAAAGAGGAGAAUAAAUGAUGAAGAUCAAGAGAGGUUAAAAUCUGAUGAAGUUCAAAAUGAGGAUUUUCAGAUCGAGAAGAAAAAUAUGAAGGAAUCAAAUGAUGAUGGAUCAGGAACGUGUUUAGAAACUACUGAAGCUUCAGAGAAAGCGUCUCGUGAAAGAAUAAAGACGAGGAAAAAGAAAAAGAAGCAUCAGUUAGAAAGUGAAAUGAAACUCGGGUUUUCUGGUGACGCCGUCAGCGUGGCAGGAAGUCAGGAGCUGACGCCUGAAAAGACGAGUUUCUUUGAGAGCGAUGGAAGAACGGAAAACACAGCAGAGGGCGCCAAAGACAGCGGCGCUCAGCUGGUGACGAGAAAGAAGAAAAAGAAGCGGCUGAGUCUGAGCCUCUGCAGUGACACUGUGCCCCAAAGUGAUGAUUCAGUGCAGAAGACAGCGGAAAAGAAACAGACCUCUUCCUUCCCCGCUGCUGAUGCAGAGACGUCAGCCAGCGAGUCAGCAGAAUUUCGCAAACCUGACCUGGUCGGGAAAAAGAAGAAGAAGAAGAAGAGGAUGUUAGAAGCCACGAGGAAUGACGGAAAGCCAAGCGAGACGCUUCAGAUGGAUGAAGCAGAGAGGAAAAGACAGAAGACUCCCACAGGAGACCUGGAAACUGCAGAUGAUGAUCCAACUGAUGAGGACGGAGCAGUGAAGAAGAAGAAGAAGAAGAAGAAGAAGAAAAAAGACACAGGAGACGUUCCAACAGCUGCAAAUGAACAUAUUCAGUCUGCUGUGGAUUCUUGCGGCUCGCUCACACACGAGGUGGAUGCAAAGACUGGAUGCGAUGCUUCACUAGCCACUGAUGUCAAGAGAAAAAAGAAGAAAAAGAAAAAUGAGGAAUUUACAAAAGUUCCAUCAUUUAAUGGUGAAACGGGGACAGAUGAGAAGGAAAGACCCGAGGUGACGGCUGAUUUCAGCGACAGCUCACAGUUGUUUGAAAAGUCUUCACACAGCGUCAUUAGGAGGAAGAAAAGAAAAAGGAAAUCCAAGUCAGGACUUCCUCACACGCUGCUCGGAGCUGAUGGAGGGCCGGACUGACACACAACACAUUCAGGGAUUUUCAGUUGUGUCCAAAUGUUAACAUGAAAACAACUGAAAAAUGUUUUUAUCGAAAUGAUUUUAUAAGAAAAAUGAAAGAAACGUCUGCAUUAAUACCACAUUGAUGUAAUGAGUUUGUUUCUUCAUCUUUAAACGAAACAAGGUUUUCGAUUCUGUUUUGAUGAUUUUUAACGUUUCACCUCCCCAUAUAAGUCUGAUCACUUUAUGUGUCUACUAACUGCUGUGAACAAAGAAGUCUUCAGAAACACAGUGACAACACUGGAUGGGAAAUAUAUGAUCCCCAGGAGCCGUACCCAUCACUGAAAAUACAUUAUAUUGACGCUUGAUUUUACACUGAAGAACCUGCGGUCAUUGUUUGCAAACAUUUUCUACAGAAUAAAACACAUAAUGUUCUUACACCUGAGGAUUAUAGAAGAGGUACCUUUUCUGGCAAGUGCAUUCACGCAGGAUGAAAUAGUGUGUAUAAUCCUCAGCUAAUGUACAAACAUCACAUCCUAUUCUGUAUUUAUUUCUCAUUUAUCACAAAACUUGUGAAUUAUGAUUC